AUGUCGGACGCGGGGACCGCGCCUGCCCUGCAGGGCGAACUGAGCCAGCCUCAAGAACGCGUUGAGGUGGUGAUUCAGCCCAUUCCCGGAACUGCCGAGACGCCCGAGGCCGAUGUCCCGCAGGCUUCCGUCGUCGAAGGCGCCUUCCAUGGAGAAGUUCCCUACCCGUACCCUCCGUUUUCGACCGGCCUUCCCGUCCCGGAACAGCCCGCGGAUUCGCAGGCUGCGCAAGUCUCCGAGGCCGAAGCCGCGGAGGAAGCCGCCGACGCGCCGAUUGCUCGCCCUCCGCCGCAGGUCAUGACUGCUCUCGGGCCGAUGCCGCUUCCUGCCGAGGUUCGCCAGAAGAUUCCCGAGAAGUUCGUCGCCAAGCCCAUCGUCGAGGAGCGCGAAAUCUACGUGUCCAAGAAGGAGGUGCGCGAGCGCACGAUCGAGGUGCCCCACGUGCACUACGAGCACAAGUUCGCGGAAAUUGCGAGGAGCCUAAAGAUCAAGAAGCUUGUGCCGCGGGUCAAGGAAGUCGUUAAGGAAGUUCCCCGCGAGGUCUACAAGCCGGUGAUUGAGGAGAAAGUGAUUGAAGUGCCUCAGGGUGUGAAGUACGUCGAAGUUCCCGUCGAAGUACCUUGCCUCUACCCCCCCAAGAUCGUCCCAAAACCCAAGGUCCAGGUCAUUGAGCGCAUCGUCGAGACCAUCAAGCCCGUCGUCAAGGAGAAGAUCGUCGAAGUUCCGCAGACCGUCGUCAAGCAAAUCCCGAAAAUCAAGACGGUCGAAGUCCCGUACUACGUUCCGCGGUACGUCGAAAAGAUCAUCGAAAUCCCGUACCAGCCGCCCGAUUCCGCGACGCUCCCGCCGCUGAUGGUUGGCGGUCUGCCGUCUCGCGUCAGCGCCACGAUGCCCACGCCGUUCCAGAUGGGUCCGGUCCCCGCCGGUCAGUUGAACGAAAUCAACUUGCCGUACGAGGCUCGCGUCGACAUCAACGUCUCCCAGGAGCACCCCACGCCUGGCUCUCCCGCCGCGAGUCCCCAGACCGGCACCGCCGCCAGCGUCGCCCUCGGCAGGCCCGCGACGACCCUCGUCAACCCUGACCGCUCCGCGCCGGCGAUCGAGCUCCCCGACGGCUUCACCUGGGGUCCGCCGCCCAACGUCCCCCCGGAGUCGAUUCCCGGCGCCGCGAUGCCAGGCCUCCCGGGAUUGCCCGGCGGUCCGUUGCCCGGAGGCUCAGCAGACGGCCUGAACAUGCCUCCGAUGAUGAUCACCUGUCCGCCGGAAGUCGGCAACGUGAAGUUUGCGGGCUACCUGGCGGAGCCGGACAUUCUCACGCGACGCGGAGUCAUGGCCUACCAGGGCUUUAAGAAGCAAGGCACUUUCCAGAUGCUCUUCCCGCCUCUGGCCCCGCAGCCCGGCAUCCCGCUGGACCAGUCCGGCUCCCCGGACGUCCGCACGCUCGUCUCCGCCAACGAGGCGAUGGCCUCGCAGAGUCGCCACCAGCUGAUUGAGAACCUGCAGCAACAAGUCGAGAGCGAGUACGACCAGAAGGUGAACGCCAGCGUCUUGUCGUGCACGCCUUGGGCGCAUCCCGCGCAGGAACGCGAAAUCGUUUACGAGCAGUAG